GACGGGUAACAAACACUGUAGUGUGACCUCGUCUCUGAAGGAUGCGGCCAGUGCCGGAGGGCCAAACUGAGUUGCCACGGGUACCGCGACUCGACUCUACCCAGCUUCUCUUCCGUGACGAGACCAAAACCACGGCUUCAAAGGUCUCGGCCCGAUUAACUGCUGCUACUUCUCAUUCGCACAUCUUCUCGAUACGGGACCCUCCCCAUCUCACGUGGGAGGACAUCUCCCGCGACACCUUUCUCUCCCUCUACGUCGUCGGGCUCAGCCACACUUUCGAUACCCUCCCCGCUCUGUUGACAAACUCCCCGCCCAGCGGCCACUUACACAUCAGCCUCGGCGCAGCCAGUCUCGCCUUCAUGUCCUUCCACCUCAACCGGCCCGAUCUCCUCCUCCUCCUCCUCCUCCUCCUCCUCCUCGCCAGCCGGCAAUACGUCGCCGCCAUCCGGAGCAUCAGAUCGGCACUGAGCAGCAAUAACAACAAUAGCAGCAACCUCCAUCACAAACCCAACAACGACGACGAAGUAAUUCAAUCAGCCCUCCUCCUCCUAGACCUCUACGAAAAAAUCGCCAACCGCCACGAACACCAAUCCGCCUCCUGGCUAAGCCACGCCCGCGGCGCCCUGCACCUGGUCCGCGACCGCGCAAACACAGACUUCUCCAACCCGACAACCUGCCAACUCGCCAACACCGCCGCCGCAGCCCUCAUGAGAAGCUGCGGCAUCGCCGGCAUCCCCGUCCCGCCCUCGCUGCUCUCCUUGCGCGAGGACCUCAACAGCUACGUCCGCGACGCGAAGUGGAGCUUCACGGGUCUCGUCGUCGGCAUCGUCAACCUCCGCGCCUACAUGCAAGGUCAGCCGCCCUCGGGAGGAGCAGCAGCUUGUGCCAGCGUGGUGCUGCGCCGGGCCAAGAUUCUGGACGAGCACAUGGCGCUUGUGGAGAAGCGGCUGCAGCGGUCGUGGAGGGCUACGAAGACGUUUACGACGGCGUAUAACCCGCUUAUUUUUGGGCGGUAUUAUGAUGUGUAUCCGAGUCAUCACGCGACGCAGGUGACGAAUGCGGUGAGGAUGAUGCGGUUGGAGUUGAAUAGCAUUAUACGGCAUGUGGAUGGGGAUGAAGAGGUUGCUAUCGAGAGUCUGACGGGGGAGGUGAUUCGGGAGCUCACGCGGCAUUUGUGUGCGGGUGUGCCCCAGUUUUUGCUGGUGAUUGGGGGCGAAGGGGGUACGAGUUUGCCGGUGUGUACGCUGCCGCCGUUGCAGAGGUUGCAUUGCUGUACCAUGUUGACGCCGUUGUAUCUCUCAUUUUGUCUUACGGAGGACUCGUAUAUGAAGGAGUGGAUUCUGCAGAUUCUUGUGUAUAUGGCGGAACAUGGAGUUAAGCUGGCGAGCGAUGUCUCUCAGUGUCGGAUUGGAAGUCUAAUUCGACCGCGGAUAAGGGCAAGAGCAUGGGCCACCUCGAGGUGGUACACUUAGACCGCGACUACCCAACCAACCUACGGUUGGAAUCUCCCUUUUACACAUUACGCAGAAUCAAUCAAUACAGAGAUAUUGAUACUUCGUCACCCCCAGGACCCUACGGUUCGAACCAACAUCCCUGUGAUAGGGAUACCAACAC